AUGAGUGAGAGCCUGAGACUGCCUUCGCUCCAGGUGAGCGUCCCGAUCGACGACCCGUUGUACUCGGAUAACGGACGCAAUGCAGUGUCUGACGGCUCGAUGCGCUCCAGCUCUUCCACGCCGACGCUCCGACGCAAACGCUUCAAGAUGCGCCGCAUGAGGAACGUUCCCAGCGUUCCCAGCGAGCGGGAGCUGGAGAAAAGCCGACGUCCGGCCGCCAAUCUUCCCCACUCCGGAUCCAAGGAGUACCUGCAGCUGCCGUCCAUCGAGAUCACGCCGUCCAGCGACGAGGACGCCACCUCUCAUUGGUCGAGAUGCUCCACGCCGAGCGCAUCGCCGCGCCGCAAACGCUUCCUGCUGAGGAAGUGGCUGAGUGGCCGGCAGAAGAAGGAGCAAGGCAGCGAGAGCAGCAGCCAGCAGAGCAGCCACGAAGAGGACGCCUCUCGCUUCCUCACCCCUUUAAUCCGGAAGGAGAGGUCUGACAGUGCUCCGGACAAAAUCAGCACUGCCAGUAACUCAAACAAGAGCACCCCCGCCUGCUCGCCUGUGCUGCGGAAACGCUCGCGCUCGCCCACCCCUCACAGCCCGGAGGGAGAGAACAUGGUGGAGAAAGGAUCAGAUCACUCCUCCGACAAAUCCCCCUCCACGCCUGAGACGGCCGUCCAGAGAACAUACUCCCUGCAGUCAGCGAGGAGCGGCGGGAAGAACUCAAAGUCUCACAAGCGACUUUCCAAAUAUGACAGACUAAACCUGAUUAAAAAGAGCCAAAGCUGGUACAACCAUGAAAGACAACACAUCCUGAGAGUGCUGAGUCCGACAUACAAACAGCGCAAUGAGGACUUUAGGAAACUCUUCAAGCAGCUCCCCGACACAGAGAGACUCAUCGUUGAUUACUCCUGUGCUCUGCAGCGGGACAUCCUCCUGCAGGGCCGACUCUACCUCUCAGAGAACUGGAUCUGUUUCUAUAGCAACAUCUUCCGCUGGGAAACACUGCUGACAGUGCGGUUAAAGGACAUCUGCUCGAUGACGAAAGAGAAGACGGCGCGGCUCAUUCCCAACGCCAUCCAGGUGUGCACGGACACGGACAAGCACUUUUUCACCUCGUUUGGCGCCAGGGACCGGACGUACAUGAUGAUGUUCAGACUGUGGCAGAACGCGCUGCUGGACAAGCCGCUCUGCCCCAAAGAGCUCUGGCACUUUGUCCAUCAGUGCUAUGGAAACGAACUGGGACUGACCAGCGACGAUGAAGACUACGUUCCCCCCGACGACGACUUCAACACCAUGGGGUUCAGCGAAGAGAUUCCCAACGAAGAGAACGAGAUCAACAACGACAACAUGUCCAAGAGCAGCGCCGAGGCGAAACCUGAGGGACACAGCCCCACUCUGCAUAAGAAGGUCCUUCCACUCCUCAGCCUCCCCACCAACCACGAUACACCCAUCACAUUCGACCUCCCAGUAGAGGAGUUUGCAGACUGCCUCCCUGACGGGGAUCUCCUGGCUCUUCCUCUGCUGGUGGAGGAGAGGAGCAUCGACCCCUGCCGGCCUGGAGCUCCUGUUCCCUCUCCGUCUCUCGACUUCAACGACAACGAAGACAUCCCCACGGAGCUCAGCGACUCCUCGGAGACUCAUGACGAGGGUGAGGUGCAGGCGUUUCAGGAGGAUCUGAACGGCCGACAGCACAUCAACGAGAUCUACAAGUUCAGCGUGGACAAACUGUACGGCCUCCUCUUCAACGAGUCCUCGUUCAUGGGCGACUUCAUGGAGCAGCGGCGCUUCUCAGCCUGGUGCUGCUAGUGUUCCUCAACAUGAUGCUGUUCUACAAGCUGUGGAUGCUGGAGUACUCCACCCAGUCCCUCACCACAUGGCAAGGUCUGCGGCUGCAUGAGAGUAAACUCCCUCAGACCCAGAUGGAGUGGGCUCAGCUCCUGGAGGCGCAGCAGCGUUUCCACGACUCGGAGCUGCAGAAGUGGAGAGAAGUCAUCAAAUCAUCCGUAGUGCUGCUGGACCAGAUGAAGGACUCCUUGCUGAACCUGCAGAGAGGCAUCGGUCUACAGGACUUCAGCUCCGAGGCGGAGGAGAAGAGAAGUCGAUACCACUGACCGACCCACCAGGCCAUGAGGCGUGCUGUGCAAUAUACUGUAGGACCUGUGUGUUUGUGUGCAGGCAGCAGAGAGGACGAGGGGGCGGGACCAACGGGGAGCUGGUCCAAUCGAAACAAAGCGAGGAUCAGUCGUCUCCAGCGCACAGGAGGAGGAAAUCUCAGACAGGAUGUGCUCCUCCUAUCACACGUAGGAACUGAGGCGUCACCCAACAACACUGAGGCAUUGUGGGAAAGUCUCUACACCUGUGGGAUAAACAGUUUUUACCUCUCUUAUUUCCAAGUGCAUCCUACUGUAAGCCAUGUGGAGCAGAGAGGAAGAGGGACAACUUCUGCAUGCAUUUAGACAACAUAGCUCCCCUCAGUGUCCGUGUGGUCCAGUUCCAGUCUGUGUGUCAAACAAAAAGAAGAACAGAAGACUUAACGACGCUCUCUAGACUGUUCCAAACCCACCGUCGCCCUACAGGUCCUCGCUGCAGAAUCCCUUCAUUCACCUCCAUGUGAUCAGAGGACAGUAUUUGUCCACAACCAAAAAGGAAGAGAAGGUUGUGAGCUUCUCCAUCAGUCCCUGUUGCCUUGUCUUAGUCUCCGUCGGGGCUGGAUCCCUGUCAGACUGUUGGAAUAUUUAUAAAGACUGAGACCUAAAGCCAGUACUUUUAACACAAUCAGUGCCCCAGUGUUAGCCACCGCUCAUUAUCCUCCUCCUUCUAAUGAAGCAGAAUGUAUUAUCCUGGACUAAGAGGCCAGACGCUGAUCAAUACUUAUUGAUUUUUCAAAAAAGGGGGUGCUGCAGCAAGACCAAUAGGGAGACCUGUGUUCCUACAUGUUUUAUUACUAAACUGUGACUAUAUCUCUUUGAAA